AUGAAGAAGUUUGGAAAACGAAUGAAGAAGCUGGAGUCAAGUCAGAAAACAAUUUUAUCAGAUCUUGCUGAUUUGAAAGUUGUUGUUAGUGAACACUAUUCAUACUUUGAAAGUGAAUUUCUAAAAUUACGUGACUUAGUUCUUAAAAAGGUUGCUGAUGAUGUCGCUGAAGCAAAUAAUGAGGGCUUUACACCUGGGAAUUUCUUCGCUGAGGUUGCGAAUGAGGAUGCUCAAGAUAAUAAUGCAGCAUGUGAAGGGGAUAAAGGUUGUUUUACAGCUGAUUGCACUGAAAAUUUUGGCAAUGAUGUGUUAAAUAGUGUUGCUGGUCCUUUAACUGUCAUUGGUGUUGCUCCACAAGAAGUUCAUAAUAAUGGUUCAACAGCUGACAAUGGCGGUGAAGAUCUAGUUGGUGUUGAGGAAUUAUCUCCUAAUACUAUUAAAGAGAUGGAAGUUGUUAUGCAGCAUUAUGAUAAGGAAGGGAAUUGUGAUAGUGGUACAAAGAUGCCACUAAAUAAAGAGAGAGUUGAGAGUGCAGCUGUUGUUGUUGAGCCAGCAAAAGUGAUAGUUGUAGUGGGAGAAGAGAUUGCACAUGAGAUUGCUGUUGAUGCUGCAAAGAUAGUUGAAGGUGCAGAAACAGUUGCAUUCAAUAGUGAAUAUGUUCAAUCAGUUGCAACACCAAACAAGAUGUCUAGUGCUGUGUCUGAAAUUAAAGAAGUGAAACCAGAGAAUGCUGAUAAUCUAGUUCUUGAGGUGGCACGUGAAGUUGCCAAGCUUGAUUUGUCAAGUGAGAAGAUGGAUGGCAUUGCAUCUGCUUUCAAGGAUAAAAGUGUUGAUGAUAUGAAGGAUUCUGGAGUGGUUGCUUCUGAAGUUAUGGUGUUGCGAAACUCUUCCAGCAAAGUUGAUUUGAACAAUGUGGUUACUCCUUUGCCUCGAAGAUCAAUUAAGCUUCCUGGUUACUUGCAAUCUCCUUUCAUCCAACAUUUUGGAUCUAGUUCUGUUAAUACCAGUGAUGCAACCAAUACAAAGAAAGUUGUCGGUAUUUGUCCACUGGAUGAUAAAAUUGGAUGCUUACCAGAAAUGGAGAGUAGCACAUCGUACUACCAUUGGCUGGACGAUGGACUCUUGGUAAAAAAUAAGAAAAAAUUUUAUUCAAAAGAAGAUAAUUUGAUUAGCCCUUCUUUGAAGUUGGGAUCGGAAUUAAUUUCAGAGAAGACCUGGUUUCAUACCAUUGAGUAUGGUAGUAGUAAUCUGUCAAGCUCUCAUGUUGAUGUAUUUUUCUACUAUUUGAGGAAGACAUCAAAGUACAAUUCAAAUUGUACUUUGAAAUUUACUACUACUGAUUCGAGGUUCCACAAGAAGAUUUCUUCAAUGUUUGCGGAUAUUUCUGAUUCGGAUGAUAUUCUUUCUAAAUUGAGCUCUAAACAAGAAAUUCUUGAUCUUAUGAAUGGUUGUACCCUGCCAUAUAGCUUGCCUUGGUCAACAGUUGAUUCAGUAUUUAUUCCAAUUUGGUUGAAUGAGCAGAAGCAUUGGCUUCUUGCUAUCUUAAACUUUCGAGAGAGGGAGCUCAUAAUGUGUACUACUCUGUCUAUUCCUGGAGCUGAUAUUGUUGUGAGGAAUGCGCUGCUUCCUUUGUCUACUCUACUACCAUAUUUCUUGGAGAUGAGUGGUUUUUAUGAAAGAACUGAUAUUGAUUUCUCUGCAAAAUGUUACACGGACAAAGGAAUUAAUGGUUGCAUUAGAUCAAUUAUGGAGAGUUGUUAUCCUCGUACAGCAGCAAUAGACAGUGGUAUGUAUAUGAUAUCGAUUGCAGAGUAUAUUGCUUUGCAGAAGGAGUGUCCUAGAGAUAACUUUGAUGUUGAUUCUCAUCGAUCGAGGAUUGGAUUUUCAUUUUACUCUUAUGCAAUGGCAAAGCAAAUUUAUUGCUAUGACAGUGACAUUGAGCAUGCUGAUGAAGCUAAAAAUGCCACUGAUGUUGCAGCAAAAGAUUCAGCAAUAAAAGGAGGUCGCGGUAAACGGAAGGCAAAUCCAGAUUGUGGAAAGAAGGAAAAAAUGGCAAAAGUUACAAGGAGAAGCAAGAAGGGGAAGCCAAAUUCUAUAGAUAUUCAAUCAGAAUCUUGAGAAU